GGGUGAUGGGGUCAUGAGGCAUGGGUUGGGGCCUUUCCCACAUCAGGCUGGGCCCCAGAAUAUGUGGCCUGGGCCCGGAAGGAGCAGUCCCCUUUCUUAGCUUUUUGGGACAUGUUGCCUCCUGCUUCCUGUCUUGCCUAGGGGUGGGGUGGGGCUGCAGGCCUUGGGUCCUGGGCCUCCUCACCUGCUCAGAGAUUGGCUGGACUCCUCUCCAAGAUUUGCCCAGCGAGGAGAAAAGUGAGGAAGAGAAAAUGAAGGAAGAGGACAGCUCAUUCAUCCCAGGCAUUGUUGCCCUCCAGUGGCCACUGAACAAGGCUUUCAGAUCCACAGACACAGUGGGUUUCCUGGAGUCGGAGUUGAAGAAGCUUCUGGGAAUGCAGCAAGAGUCCCGCCUCUGGAAGCUAGGCAGCCAAGAGGGCCGAGAGCUGCUUACCCGGCCAGAGAUCACCCUGGUGGAGUGCCUGCUUCUUGAGGAGAAGGGUGAGAUGGGAAACUGGCCUCCGGAGUGAAGCCGGUGCUGGCCCCGAGUCUGCCCUGCCCAGAUCCCCGGAGCUAGUACAUGGAGUAUGUCUUUUCUUAGGGUACAUCUAAGGAUCCCCUGUGGCCAGCGGGUCUUGAGACACAGUGUCCAUGUGUCUGUAGGAUGGGCCUGCCCCAAAUUCUAUCCCACCCAGCCAACUCAGGCCUGUGAUGUUAUUAAUAAAAAUGUGCUUUGA